GAAGUUAUGAAACCAGAUGUGAUCUUCAAGUUGGAACAAGGAGAAGAGCCAUGGAUUGUAGAUGGAGAAAUGGCAAGUUCAGACUCUGCAGAAGUCUGGCAAGUAGAUGGUCAUGUGCUGUGGCAUCAGGAUAACCAAGACAAGCUGAAAAACACACAAAGAAGUCAUGGAUGUGAUGCCUUUGGGAAAAAAAUCAAUCUAAGCAUGAACUUUCUUCCUGUAAUGAAAUCACACAAUGAAGGUGACUUUGAUGGAAUAAUUUUAAAGCAUCAUUUAGAUUUACUUAUUCCAAAGGCUGAUUAUGAAGAAACAGAACCAAAUGACUUUAAUGUAUUCGAUAAAUUAUUUCUGCAUACCAAACCUGAGGAAACUGAUUGGUUAAAAUACUAUGAAUGUGAUAAAUAUGACAAAAUUAGCUACAAGAAGUCACAGAUUGUCAUAUAUCACAGAAAUCGUUCAGGGGAGAAACUCUAUGAAUGCUGUGAAUGUAGGAAACGCUUCAGCAAGAAAUCAAAUCUCAUUAAACAUCAGAGUAGACAUAUAAGAGAAAUAGCCUAUGGCUGUGGUAAAUGUGGCAAAAACUUUCCCCAGAAGUCACAGUUUAUUACCCAUCACAGAACACAUACAGGAGAGAAACCUUAUGAUUGUAGCCAGUGUGGGAAAGCCUUCUCCCAAAAAUCACAGCUCACAUCCCAUCAGAGGACACAUACAGGAGAGAAACCCUAUGAAUGUGGGGAAUGUGGAAAAGCCUUCUCCCGGAAGUCACAUCUUAUAUCACAUUGGAGGACACACACAGGAGAAAAACCCUAUGAAUGCAGUGACUGUGGUAGAGCCUUCAGUGAAAAGUCAAAUCUCAUUAAUCAUCAGAGGAUUCAUACAGGAGAAAAGCCUUUCAAAUGCAGGGAAUGUGGGAAAGCUUUCAGCAGGAAGUCACAACUCAUUACACAUCACAGGACUCACACAGGAACAAAACCCUUUGGAUGUAAUGAUUGUAGAAAAGCCUUCUUUGAAAAGUCAGAACUCAUUAGACAUCAGACAAUUCAUACUGGAGAGAAACCCUAUGAAUGCAGUGAAUGUAGGAAAGCAUUUCGAGAAAGGUCAAGUCUUAUUAAUCAUCAGAGAACCCAUACUGGAGAGAAACCCCAUGUAUGCAUUCAGUGUGGGAAAGCCUUCUCUCAGAAGUCACAUCUCAUAUCCCAUCAGAUGACACAUACAGGAGAGAAACCUUUUGUGUGCAGUAAAUGUGGGAAAGCUUUCAGCAGGAAGUCUCAGCUUGUUCGACAUCAGAGAACUCACACAGGAGAAAAACCUUACGAAUGUAGUGAAUGUGGCAAAGCUUUCAGUGAAAAAUUAAGUCUCACGAAUCAUCAGAGAAUCCACACAGGAGAAAAACCUUACGUAUGUAGUGAGUGUGGGAAGGCCUUUUGUCAGAAGUCACAUCUCAUAUCCCAUCAGAGGACUCAUACAGGAGAGAGACCCUAUGAAUGUGGCGAAUGUGGAAAAGCCUUUGGUGAGAAGUCAAGUCUUGCCACUCAUCAGAGAACUCACACAGGAGAAAAGCCUUACGAAUGCAGCGACUGUGACAAGGCCUUCUCACAGAGGUCACAGCUCAAUACCCACCAGAGGAUUCACACAGGCGAGAAGCCCUAUGUAUGCAGUUUUUGUAGGAAGGCAUUUUUUGAGAAGUCAGAGCUGAUUAGACAUCAGAGAACUCAUACUGGAGAAAAACCGUAUGAAUGCAGUGAGUGUAAAAAAGCUUUCAGGGAGAAGUCAAGUCUCAUUAAUCAUCAGAGAACACAUACAGGAGAGAAACCUUUUGAAUGCCGUGAAUGUGGCAAAGCCUUCUCCCGGAAGUCACACCUCAUACCACAUCAGAGGACCCAUACAGGUGAGAAACCCUAUGGAUGCAGUGAAUGUGGGAAAACGUUCUCCAUCAAGUUCAGCCUUACUCUGCACCAAAGAACCCAUACAGGUGAGAAACCCUAUGGAUGCAGUGUGUGUAGGAAGGCCUUCUCUCAGAAAUCACAGCUUGUUAAUCAUCAGAGAAUUCAUACAGGAGAGAAACCUUUUCAAUGCAGUGAAUGCCCAAAAGCCUUCUCCCAAAAGUCACAGCUCAUUAAUCACCAGAGAACUCAUACAAAAAAGAAACCCUAG